CAUUCAUUUCCAAAUAAUUCCCUCAGAUAAGUAAAAGAAAAAAAAAAGGAAUUUUCUUUUUCUGCACCACUUGAAAUGGACAUUUUUCUUGCAGUUCUGAUCCUCACCUCUCUCUCCGUUUGCCUUUACCUUCGUUUGAAGAAAUCCAAAGCCCACGAAGGUUUCAAAAACUUUCCCAUUGUCGGAACCCUGCCGCUCUUCCUAUGGAACCGCCACCGUUAUCUGGAUUGGACGGCGGAGGUGAUCAGCAACUGCCGCACCAGCACGGCAGUGUUCCGGCGGCCGGGGAAGGUCCACGGAGUGAUAACGGCGAACCCAGAUGUGGUGGAGCACAUGCUGAAGACCCACUUCGAGAACUACCCGAAAGGGGAACGCUUCGUUUCUCUUUUGGAGGAUUUUCUCGGCGGCGGAAUCUUCAACUCCGACGGCGAAAUCUGGAGGGUCCAGAGGAAGACGGCCAGCUACGAAUUCAACACCAGAUCGCUGAGGAAUUUUGUGAUGGAAAAUGUUGCGAUGGAGAUUGGGAGGAGGCUGAUUCCUGUUUUCGAAAGGGCUUCGGAAACGGGGCGGGUCUUGGAUUUGCAGGACGUUUUGGAGCGGUUUUCGUUUGAUAAUGUCUGCAAAUUGGCUUUUGAUUACGAUCCGGGUUGUCUCGGCGGCGAUGGCACCACCGGCGCUGAGUUCAUGCGCGCUUUCGCCAACGCCGCCACGCUCAGCUACGGCAGGUACGUUUUUUACUGUUCUUUAAUUAUUGGGGCUUUUGUGAUAGGAACGUGUUCAUUAUUACCAUCUCAGUAUUAUGUUAUUGCAAAGAGCCCGUUUCGAUUCCCGGUGUUUCACGCCGGGCCGAGGAUGUGCCUGGGGAAGGACAUGGCCUUUAUUCAGAUGAAGUCCAUUGCAGCCGCUGUGAUUGAGAGGUUCCAUGUGGAAGUGGUGGAGAACGAGAAAGCUCCAAAGUAUUUGCUUUCACUGACGCUGAGGAUGGAGAACGGGCUGCAGGUGAUGCUAAAAAAGAGGCACACCAUGGAUCUACUUAGUUAAUUUGAGCUCAACUUCAAUUCAUUUCAUAUUCACAAAGAUGAUAGAUUUCUUUUUUUUUUUUCUCUUUUUUCUGAGUACAGUAUCAUACGUGGAUUUAAACUUUCGACCUCACGAGUAGAAGUAAAAUGAUAUAUCAUUGAGCAUUGCUUACGUGGUGAUCUUUAUUUCGCUUUAGAAUAAGAAUUUUUUUUUCCUUGGGUGUUGAAGAUCGUCACAUGUAUAUAAAAUAAUUUGAACUUGAAACACUUGUGAUAAUGUUAAGACUGUAAUAUAUGGAAGGACUUUAAAUUA